AUGUGUCCUGUGGAUACAGUCAGUGGUUCAUCAUGUAUUUUUCCAUUUAAUUAUGGCGGAGUAACUUAUACAACUUGUACCAUCAAUGGUCCAAAUAAUAACAACUAUCGACCACAAUGUGCUAUUUCAGUUAAUUCAAAUAAUACUGCAUUAAUAUGGUCGUUUUGUAUUGUGCCUACUGAUGCAGUUAUAAACUAUGCUACAACUCGAAAAGGUGGUUCAUCAAAUUUGAAAGAUGGUAGUAUUCAAGGUGGUACUAUGAUAUGGAUAUAUGGUUAUCGAUUUGCAGAUAAUGGUUUUAGUUUAUUACCAUCUAUAUCAAAUACAAAUAUAGUACAAUUAGUUAGUGAUUAUUCUAUCUAUGAUUGUGAAAUGCAUAAUGAUAAAGUAACAAGUACACAAUUGACUUGUUAUACACCAGCUAUGCCUGAAGGUGUUUAUCAAAUUCGAGUUUAUGUUAAUAAUAAUUUAAUUCCAUUAUAUCAAUAUAUUGAUAUAAAUCGUGCGACUUUUAUACCAUCAUUAAGUUAUACACCAAUUAUUUCUGGUAUUCAACCACAAAUUGGAACACCACAAACAUUAAUUACAAUAUCAGGUUUAUUUCGUACAGCAUGUUAUUCACGUGAUAUUGAUGGUUGUGCUCAAGAUAAUAAUCCACUUAUUUCUCGAAUUUAUUUGGGUGGCCAUCUUUGUAAUGUAAUUAAUCCAGUUACGGGAAAUACCUAUGCUAAUGUAAAUGAUACAAGUCUUAAAUGUAAUUUUGAGGGUACUGAAGUUGGAAUAUUUAAUGUGAGUAUGUUAGUGACUAAUGAAUAUGGUCGUUCACUAGUCAAUUCAAAUCUUUAUCGUGUAUCAGCUACGGGUGAUUUAUAUACUUUUCAAAGCUAUGCUGUUAUUUCACAUGUAACACCAAAUCAAGGCAGUACAGAAGGUGGUACUAAUCUAACGAUUUAUGGUAAUUAUUUUAGUGAUAGUCAACAAUAUCCAUUAAUAGUUAAAGUUGGAAGUGAAACUUGUACAAUUUUAAGUGUAAAUCAAACAAUAAUUCAAUGUAAAACACCAGCAAUACAAACGAUUAUACAAAAUCAAUAUCAAGGUGGUCGUGGUUUACAUAUUUUUCGUGAUUUGGGUCUCAUUGAUCAGGUUAAUUUAUCAAGUACUAAUCCACCAUAUCCAAGUAAUAAUGCUAGUCAAAUAUGGACAGAUGAUGCUUUAUAUGUUUCAAAUUCAUCAUUAUCUGAAACAGUAUGGCUUAUUGGUUUUAUACGUGUUCCGAAAUCAAAUAAUUUUACUUUUAUUUUGGAUACCAAUGGUGCGGCAGCUCUAUUUCUUAGUACGAAUGAUAAUCCAGUUAAUAAAGUAAAAAUUUGUGAUGCAAGAAAUAUUCAAUCAAAUGCAAUAGCAUUACAAAAUGAUACAAACUAUUAUUUAUUUUGUGUUGGUUCUCGAGUAAAUGGUUAUUUACGAUUAGGAAUUCAAGCACGAAUAUAUGAAACAACAUUAACAGCAGAAACAUCAAGUUUUGUUCUUAAUGAAAUUCAACAAAUUGAUAUUAAUUCUACAAUUGUAUCUGAACGUCAACAAAUUGUUUACACAACUAAUUUAACUAAUGGAAUAUCAGAAGUUCAAUCAUUAGAAGUUGAUAGUUCAACAUUUCAAAUUGGUUUUCGUGGUGUUUAUACAGCUAUUUUUACUGGACGACCAACUGCUAUUACUAUUCAAACAGCUCUUAAUGAUUUACCAUCAAUUUUUCCAUUAUCUGUAUCAGUUUCAGCAACAAAUACACUUUAUUUUAUAACAUUUCCAAUUGAAAUGGGUGAUGUUCCAUUACUUGCAUGUAUUUCAACAUCAUCUAAUAUACCAAAUAUAACUGAAAUUAUUCAAGGUAUUAGUUCAGGUUCAAAAUUAUUCUUUUCAUUAGACGAUCAAUUAACAAAUUCAAUUGAUUUUAUUAAUACUAAUAUAACUCAAACAAAUCUUUUAACAUUAUUUAAUAAUUUAUUUACUAUACGUUGUCCACCAUCAAUAAAUAAUGCACAAAUAACAUCAUCAAUUGUUUAUUUACAAGAUUAUGAAACAAAUUGUAUUUAUGAUAAUACACCAAUAACAAUCAAUGCAUUUUGUGGUCAAUGUUCAUAUGUUGGUAAUGUAUUAGUUAAUGGAAAUACUCGUUCAGGAAAUUAUUUAUGUUUUGCUUAUCGUUUACUUAAUAAUUAUGUUACCUCUAUUAGUACAAGUGUACAAAUUCUGGGUGAUACAAUACAAACCAUUUGGCAAGACAUUCCAUUUACAACAAUAGCUGAUCAUAAUUGGCAUUAUACAUGUCUUGAUAUACGUGCAAAACUUAUAUCUCAAUCAGCAAUUACUUCAUCUAUUUCAUCAAUUAUAAUUACUUAUGCAGUACUGAAUCGUAAUAUUAAAAAAGGUAUUAUUAUUGAUACAGUAUCAAUACGUACAACAUUACCCUAUGGAUAUGAUAAUAUAAAUUCUUAUCCAAAUGUUCGAUCAUUAAAUUCAUCAUGUAUUUUUCCAUUUUAUUAUAAUGAAAAAAGUUAUUCAACAUGUACAUUAAAUGAAAAUAAUCUACCUAUUUGUGCUGAUAAUUUAAAUCAAACAUAUUCAUGUUUUAGUUCAGCUAUAGAAGGUGUAAGAAGACUUUAUCCAAAACAUCAAUUAGUUUAUAAUACAUUAAAAGUUCAAUAUACACCAAAUAAUUCGACAAUUAAUGUUAAUUUUCGAUAUAGUGAUUGUACAAAUCCAUCACUUUUGAAUGCAAUAAUAUCACGAAUAACACCAGCAUCUAGUCCUGUAACUGGUACAUUUGAUCUUAUCUUUAAUGGACAAACAUAUUCAUCAAUUCCAGUUGAUAUUUCAACAUUAGAUUUAACUAAUCGUCUCCAAUCGUCAUCCGAUUUUGGUUUUUUAAGUAUAACACGUUCACGUGAUUGUACAGGAUAUUCAUAUAGAAUUGAAUGGUUAACUAAUGGUGGUAAAAAAAUACCUAUUACAAUUGCGAAUAUUGAUUCUACCUCACCAAUUGGUACAACAGUUACAGCAUUUGUCAUACAAUCAGGUGGAAUUCUUUAUAAACCAUUACCAGGAGAUAUGACACGAACAUAUCAUACAAAUCCUCAGACAGAAGUUUUUGUUGGUGGUUAUUUAUCCAAAUGUUCUAGUAGUAAUACAUGUGAUUUUCAAUGGUCAACUACUCAAACACCAUCUGUAACAUCAAUUGAAAAAAAUAAUAUGACAUUGACAAUUAUUGGUACGGGUUUUAGUACAAUAGCAAGUUCGAAUGAAAUUAUUAUUGGAACAGAAGGUUUAUGUACAGUAACAUCAGCUACAACAACAUCAUUAAUAUGUACAAUUAUUGAUGCUCCAUCAGGAAUUUAUACUGUACAAGUCAAUGUUGUUGAUAAAGGUUUAGCAACAGGUACUUCGAAUCUUACAGUAACAAUACCACUUCAAAUUACUUCGAUUUCACCAAUAGAAGGAGGAGCAGGCGGAGGCUACACAAUGACAUUGACAGGAUCAGGAUUUUCAUCAACAUCAAUAGUUACUAUUGAUAAUAACUUAUGUACCGAUCUUAUAAUGUCUAAUUUUUCUUUUAUAACAUGUAUUGUACCACCUACAACUGCUAUUAGUAAUAGUGAAGUAUCUGUGAGUGUUACUGAUGGUUCUAAUUUCAUUAUUGCAUCUACUCAAUUCACAUACAAUGUUACUAAUACACCUUUAAUUACAUCAGUUAAUUCUAAUGUUAUGAACAUAACUGGUGGUCAAUUGACUAUUAAUGGAACAAAUUUUAGUACUAGUUCAGUUUUUGUAUUUGUUGGUACAAUACGGGCAGCUGUUAUUUCAAUAUCAUCCACUCAAAUUCUUGCUAUUUUACCUUCAUUACCUCCAGGUAUUUAUUCAGUUAAAGUUUCUACAAUAAAUGGUUAUGCUCGCCCAUUAGUACAAAUUGAAUAUCGUUUUUAUAUUCAAAAUAUUUCACCACAAAUUGGUUCAUUAUACGGUGGAACUGAUGUGUAUAUACAAGGAGAAGGUUUUGAUGAUUCAUCUGUUGUCACAUUUACUGAUGAUAAUAAUAAUAAUAAUAAUAAUAAACCAUGCACUAUUAUUUCUAUUCAAUCAGAUCAAAUUCAUUGUCAAACAACUACUGCUAUAUCUCGUGUUAUUAUUACAUCAGAUGGUAUUGAUCCAAUAUAUGGAAGUGGUUUUGCUUGGUCACCACAAUAUGUAACAGUACAACAAGGUACUAUUGUUGAAUGGCAAUGGAAUACAUCAACUCUUUUAUCAACAUUGGCUUAUAAAGUGCAACAAGUAGCUAAUAGUUAUGAUACAGAACCACUACCUGGUGGAUUUAAUUCAGGAAAUACCACAUCAUCUGGUUCGUUUUCAUAUCAAUUUCAAACAGUGGAUACUUAUUACUAUUGGUCAUCAUUUAUUGAUUCAUCUAGUCUAAUAUCUAUGCGUGGAGUGAUAACAGUAAUUCCUGCUCAAUCACAGAUACUUACAGUUAAGGUUACAUCAGGAACAUUUACUGCUCAAUCAUGUGCUUUUCCAUUCAAUUAUGAUUCUAUCAAUUAUACAUCAUGUACUACAGUAAAUGAUACUCAAGAAUGGUGUUCACCAACAUUUGAUUAUACUGGACAACGACUCUAUUGUACGGCGUCAGCUUCUGUACCAGCGUCAUCAUGUAAUUCAAGCUCUUGGAUUGAUCCAAGCUCAUGUUCACAAACGAUUCCUACUUCAAAUUCACUUCAGUUUCUUUUUACACCAUGCACUAUUGGUUCAGUAACAUCAAUUUUACCAAAACAAGGUAUUGCUGGUACAUCCAUUACAAUCACAGGAACAAAUUUUAGUACAGUACUAUGUGAAAAUCAUAUUUUUAUUGGUUCAUCCUAUGAGUGUCCAUUAACAAAUGCAUCGACAAUAGAAAUUGUUUGUGAAAUUGCUUCGAAUUCAUCACUUAAUGCUAAAACAAUUCAAGAUAUACGUGUUGUACGAGAUCGUCAAGGCUAUCUAAGUAAUAAUGGUCUUAUACAAUUUCAAUUUCAAGCAUCUAUUUCUAGUAUAUUACCUAUAGAAGGUUCUAUCUAUGGUGGUACUGAAGUAAUAAUAACUGGUGAUGGAUUUAUACCGGCUGAUACUCGUAUCAUUGUUGGAAGCAUUGAAUAUACUAGUAUGGCAACAAUUACUUAUUCUCAAAUAAUAUUUACUACUCAGAUAUCACCACCUGAAUACAUUAAUCAAAUUAUUCCUAUUACGAUAUUGAUUGGUACAAAUACAGCUGUAUGUUUAUUAUCCAAAACAUGUUCAUUUACUUGGGCUGAAAGUGUUACACCGUAUCUUGAUUCAGUUUAUCCAACAUCUAUCACUGGUCCACAAUUAUUAACAUUGACUGGUCGAAACCUAGCAAUGAAUGAUACAAUAUUGCCUACUAGUAUUCAUGUCACCAUUGAUGGACAAAUGUGCAAUGUGACAUCAGUAUCGAAUUCAACUAUUGUAUGUCAAAUUGGUAGUAUUCAAGUUGGAGUUCAUUCUAUUAUCGCAUCAAUUGAUGGUAUCGGAACAGUUCAAUCAUCAACAAUUCUUACAUCAAUAUCAUCUAUUUCAAAUGUUUCACAUACAAACAGUAGUAUCUAUGGUGGUGCAAUUCUUACAAUUGAUGGUAAUGGAUUUUCUAGUUCAAUCACUAAUGUUCAAGUUACGAUGGGUUCAAAUAGAUGUAUAAUAAUUCUAACAACACCUGGUCAAAUUCAAUGUAUAAUUCCAGCUCAAGGAUCUAAUCCAUCAUCAGUUACAGUCCAUAUUACUUCAAAUGGUAUAACUUUUUCUGAUAUAUUUACAAUGACGUAUAGUUCAGCUAUUACACCUAUAAUUACAUCAAUUUAUCCCACAUCUGGAAGUGCUGGUGAAACAUUGACAAUUAUAGGCACAAAUUUUGUUGAUGGUGAAACAAAAAUUUUAGUUGGUGGUAUUUCAUGCACAAUUAUCAACAUGUCAACAACAUCAAUUACAUGUACGAUUGGAUCAAGUCCAGCUGGAAAUCAAUCAGUAGUUGGUUAUGUAACAUCGGUUGGUCAAUCAAAUUCGAAUAUCCAAUUUCAAUAUAUUUUACAAGUUAGCAAUGUAACACCUUCACGUGGCAGUUAUGGUGGUGGUCAAACAAUAACUAUUCUCGGUGACGGAUUUAGUGGGUCCAAUAUUAUAGUUACUAUUUGUAAUCAAACUUGUCAAUCGUUAUUUAUUGUAUCAAAUACACAAAUGACAUGUAUUACACCAUCGGUAACUAUUGCUUCAUCAGAUACGACGUGUAAUCUAAUAGUUACUGUUGGAAGUUUAACACAAAGUAUGUCGUAUAUUUAUGAAGCAAAUUUAACAGCAGUUGUAACAUCAAUUAGUCCAACUCGAGGUGGAACUGGCGGUGGUACACUUUUAACAAUCUUGGGAGAAAAUUUUCCAACAAUUAGUGCAGUAUCAGUAAGCAUUGCUGAUAUUUCAUGUUUAGUUCAAACAAUUUCAUCAACGAUGAUAACCUGUUUGACAGGUAGUUAUUCAGAAACUACAAUUCAAGCACCUGUGAUUGUUAAUUUGGUUAACGGUGGCAAUGCAGUCGGUUCAAUUCUAUAUCAAUAUAUUGACCUGUGGUCAAGUCCAUGGACAUGGGGUGGUGAUACUCCGCCUGAAGCUGGCACUAUUGUUGCAAUUGAAAGUGGAAAAACAGUUUAUUUCGAUACAAUAACUCCUAUUCUUAAAGCUGUGAUUAUUGACAAUGCCUCCUUAAUUUUUGAUGAUAAUCAAGAUGUCAGUUUAAAUGCUGAAUACAUUUUGGUUGUUAAUGGUGGUCGUCUCCAAAUUGGUAAUGAAACAAAUCCAUUUCAACAUAGAGCUAUCAUUACGAUGUAUGGUCAUUUAAGAUCAAUUGAAUUGCCAAUCUUCGGAGCUAAAGUCUUGGCUCUACGAGAUGGCAUAGUGGAUAUGCAUGGAAAAACUGUUACACAAACAUGGGCACAUUUAGCUGCAACAGUUUCUAGUGGCUCAUCUCAAAUUACUCUUCGUCAAGCAGUUAAUUGGUCAGUGGGCAGUACAAUUGUCAUUGCAACUACAGGCGAUUAUUUAAGUCAAGGACAAAGUGAAAUACGUACAAUAACAGCUGUAUCAGACAAUGGAUAUACAAUAACAUUGAAUUCACCAUUGACAUAUACUCAUUUGGGUGUAACACAAAACGUUGGUUCAACAACAGUUGAAGUUCGUGCUGAAGUGGGUCUUCUAUCACAUAAUGUUAUCUUUCAAGGUUCCAGUACUGAAACAUGGAAUACAUCCAUUGCAGCAUGUCCAACUGGUUUCAAUCCUGGCGAAUUUGCAGUUCAAACAUGUUUUCUUGGUCGAUAUGGUGAAGAUAUAGGUUCUGAUCAGUUUGGUGCAACAAUUAUGGUCAGUGCUAGUACUUACAGUUUUGAUGGUAUACAACGAGCGAUACUGCGUUUAUCAAAUAUUGAAGUAUAUAAUGUUGGUCAAGCAUUUCGUCUCGGUCGAUAUCCAGUUCAUUUUCAUAUGAAUGGGAAUAUGAAUUUAUCAUAUAUUAAAUCAUCAUCAAUUCAUCAAACAUUUAAUCGAGCUAUUAAUAUUCAUGCAAGUCAUUACGUCACCAUAGAAAAUAAUGUUAUCUAUAAUAUUAUGGGUGGAGCAAUAUUUCUAGAAGAUGGUGUUGAAACUGGUAAUGUUUUAUAUGGUAAUUUAGCUGUUUAUGUUCGAACAAGUUCAAGUUUACUCAAUGAAGAUGUAACACCAGCUGCUUUUUGGGUAACCAAUCCGAAUAAUAUCGUCGUGAAUAAUGCUGUUGCUGGUGGUACUCAUUUUGGUUAUUGGUAUCGAAUGCUUCGAACACCUGAUGGACCAUCAUUUGCAAUGUAUUCAAAUUAUUGUCCCUAUCGACAACCAUUUGGUCGAUUUUUUAACAAUAGUGUACACAGUGUUGGUCGUUUUGGUGUUUGGAUCUUUCCUGAAUAUUCACCAACAAUAGCGGGUAAUUGUUGGAAUGAUGCACCAUAUCAAGCAAUAUUUGAUAGAUUAACAUCAUGGAAAAAUUCUAGAGGUUUUGAAUGGGUUAUGUCAAGUUCAGUUCAAAUAAGAAACGCAAUUAUUUUUGAUAAUGCUGAUACGGGUCUUCGAUGCGUUACUGCUAUUAAUCAUCAAGCAACAAAUCUGCCAAAUCUUCGUGCUACAUUUUAUAAUGAAAAUAAAGGUUCAUCAGUAAUUAAUUCAAUCGUAAUUGGUGAUUCAGGAGUAUCAGGAAAUCCAAUCGUACCAACAGAAGGUGGUCUUAUUGUUAUGUGGGAUCGUGGUCUUCGUGUACGAAAUGUUUCAUUUAUCAAUUUUCCAAGUUCAAAUACACAAGCUAUUUAUGGACCAUUUAUUACUGGUCGCUGUAUCGUAUACUGUGGAGGUUGGUUAACUAAAUUUUCUCAAUUAUCAUUUACAAAUGUAGCCAAUCGAGGUCAUUUUCGAUGGCCAUAUGAUGGUUUAUAUCAAGAUGAAGAUGGUUCGUUAUCUAAUGUAUCUGAUGCAAUAAUUCUUGCACCUGAUGGUCUUUUGAAUACGUCAAAUGCAUGCAGAACAACACCGAACUUUAUCAAUGCUAUUACAUGUCCAUCAUCAUUAGGUACAUGGAUACGAUUUGCUUUUAAUAAAGCUAGUUUAGGACAAAAUGGUGAAUAUUUAAAUGUUUAUGAUCAAUUCAAUCAUUAUACUAUUGUACUUAAUCUUGCUAAACGACUUACACAUCCAAUGGGCUAUAUGAUGACAUUAUUAGCUAAAAAUAUUUAUUUAUUUCAAUUUCAAAAUGCUAAUAGUUCAGUCAAUUUAUCUUAUUCAGGUAUUGCUUAUGGUUUAGAACCUGGUGAUUAUCUUAUUAUAUGUCAUAAGAUUGAUUAUAAACCUGAUAUUGUUUAUACAAUUUCAAGUUCAUUAGUAUUUAGUCAAUCAAAUACACCACUUAAUGAUUCUACAAGUAACAAUGGUGAUUGGUAUUAUAAUACAAAUACAUCGAUGUUUUCUUAUAUUGUAAAAAAUCCAUCAUCAAAUACCGUCUCAAUUGAUGUAUCAAUUUCAUUAAAUAUAAUUAAAUGUCGAUAUCCUAAUUGCGAAUCACCACCACAACCUGGUCUUGAAUUACCUGCAACUGUUCGAUCAACUAGAGCUUUGUAUUGGUCAAAUGAUUCAGAUUGGUCAUUUGCAUUAGAAGGCUAUGGUGGAUAUGGAAGUGUCAAACCUGGUAAUGACACAAAUAUAUAUAUUCCUCGUGGUAUAUGGCUUGUUGUGAAUUAUCCAUUACCUCGUAUUCAUUCAUUACGUAUUGAUGGUGUACUUGAAUUUGAACAAAAUAUUGAUAAUACUCUUAUUGUUGAUAGUAUUCUAAUUAAUGGUGGUCAAUUGAUUGUUGGUUGGCCGAAUAAACCACUUACUUCCAGAGUUGAUAUUAUCAUUAAUGGUUCUUCAUCAAUUAAUGUUUUAUUACCUAAUGAUGCUGGAUCUAUUGGACCGAAAGUAAUCGGUGUUUUAGGUGGUCUUGAUUUACAUGGCCUAAAACAUAAUGUAUCAUGGACACGCCUUGCUACAACAGCAUCAUCUGGUCAAAAUUCGAUUACAUUAAGUCAACCAGUUGAUUGGAUAAUUGGUGAUGAAAUUAUAUUAACAACAACAGAUACAAAUAUUGAACAUACAGAACGACAUACAAUUGCAAAUAUCAGUAUAGAUAAAACAAUAAUCAUAACAGUUAAUCCUCUUGUUUAUACACAUAUCGUUAUUCAUAAUGUAUUUCCUAAUGGAAAGAUAUUUCAUAUAGCGAGUACUGUUGGUCUUUUAACACGAAAUAUACGUGUAAUUAAUCGAAGUCCAUCUUCGGAAUUAUUUGGUUUUCGAAUUCUUAUUACUGAUUAUGCAGCAAAUAUAUGGAAUCCAGUAACAAGUGACUAUAUGUAUACAUAUUAUAAAGGUUAUGCUCGAUUAUCUAAUACACAAUUUAUUGGUUAUGGUCAAUAUGUUGAUGCAGUUGAUGAAGAUAAACGUGAAGGUAUUCAUAUAUAUAAUCUUGGUAAUUGGAAUUCGUCUCGACCAACAUAUAUUGAUUCAUGUUCAUUUGAUGGAGGUUAUUAUUCAGCAAUUGGUGUAUGGGAAACACAUGGUAUUCCAAUAACAAAUAAUGUUGUUUAUAAAACUUAUGAAUCAGCAAUUGUUGUAACAGGAAAAAAUAAUAUUAUAGAAAAAAAUCUUGUUUCAACUGUUUAUUGGUCGGGUACAGCUCAACCAAAAUUAGCAGAAUUCAAUAAUAAUAAUGAUGGAGCUAUCAUGUCAAGAGAUGCUAUUAGUGUAAUUAUGAGGGACAAUUUGAUAGCAGGUGUAGAACGUUUAGCUUAUCGUAUUCAAGGAAAUUCGUGUUCGGGAACUAUUUUGCCAAAUGAUAUAAGUAAUGAUUAUUCAAACAAUGAAGUUCAUUCAGCAAUGUCUGGUGUUAGUAUUUGGCCAAAGGAUAAAGGUUUUCAGUAUGAUUUGAAUUGUAUAUUGAUCUAUGGUUUCAAAACUUAUAAAGCAUGGUAUUAUGGUCUAUAUAUCAAUACAGCUCGCAAUAUUAUUAUUGACUCUUGUACAGUAGCCGAUGGUAAUGUUGGGAUAUUUACAUUGGUUAUCGGUCCUACAGCUCAAUCUCAUGUAGCUGGUAAUAAUUCAGUAAUAAUUCUUAAUUCAAUGAUUAUAGGUUCUAUAACACCUGACGAUUGUAAUGAUACUCCUAAUGCAACGACAGUCAAUUUUAUAAAUAGUGACAAAGCUAUUCCAACUGUAUCAGCUACAUCAUCAAAUGGAAAUUCUGGUGGUCGAUCAGGUAUUGUCUUUCCAUUUUUUUCACGUGAUAAUUUAAUGCCACGUCAUCCAUGGACUGGUAUUGCUGCUUAUCCAUGCAUUCAAGGUUUAAUGACAAUAACAAACGUAAUAUUAGCAUUUUAUAAUGAUAUAUGUUUACGUCGUGAUAUAGCUAUUCAAGUUGGACAACAUAAUGAUGAUGGUCAACAUCCAAUAGUAACUAAUUUAAUAUCAGUAUAUAAUACAUCGCAAAUGAAUUUGAUAUUUAAUGGACGACCAAAUCUUGAUGUUGUUAAUCCAAGUGAUUGUGUUGAUAUGGAUUGUGAUGGUUUAAAAAAAAAUUUACUUAUUGAUACUGAUGGAACAUUAUUUGGUCAAGCAGCAAGUGUUGUUUCCCAAGCUGAGUAUCUUUGGGGUGAUCAACAACAUGGUGUUGGUGAUUAUCGUAUUCCAUUAGUGGCAUUAGCAAAUCUUACAGGUUAUAUGAUAAAUAUAAAUAUUUCAUAUCCUUAUCGUGGUAUUAGUUGUGCACCAACAUGUAUUUAUCAAUCAUCAUGGCAAAUGUAUUUUUGUCCAAAUACAACUGAUUAUCGAAUGUUAAUUAUUGAAAAUAUGGAUUCAGAUACAGAAACAAGACGUCUUUCACCUGUAGCUAUUAUGUCUGAUAAUGGUUAUAUUGAUUUAAUAAAUGGACCGCAAGAUCAUGGUUGGUGUAAUGGAUAUACAUGUCAAAAACGUAUAUCAACAUUUAUGUCAAUAAUACAAUCAAAACAUCAUUAUGAUAUAUAUUUUUCAAGUACAACACCAAAUCAUAUACGUUUUCGAUUACUUAAUAGUGAUGAAUCAAUUGUCAAUACUUUAGCACUUUAUUAUGAUUCAUUACAACAAAUUGAUGUUUAUGCUAAUAAUAUUUAUGUAUCACCAAUAAAUCGUGAUUUUAGUUAUAGUUAUUUAAUAUUAACUGAUCAAUCAAAUAAUAUAACAUUUACAUCAAUACCUGGUUCAAAUUAUUUUAAUAGAACAACAAGAAUGGAAUUAUUUUUAAUUAAUGGUAUUACUGUAAUUGAUUUAAAAAUAUCUCAAUUACUUAUACUGAAUUUUAAUUUACCACCACAAACACCAUCAUCAUUUUUUUCAUCAAAUUUAACUGUUAAUCUAGCUGCUAUACUUGGUGUUAGUCCAGAUAAAAUUCGACGUGUUAAUAUCAUUUCAGCUAAUAAUAAUAUUAGGUAA